AUGAAGAAAAUCUGUGUUGGACUUGCAACCUCUAGAACCAGAAAAACAGCGAGUUCCCCUGAAAACCUUGAGAAAUUAGAAAGACUGAUCAUGUCCGACCGAAGAUUCAAACUGUCUCAACUAGCUGAAGAUAUGGGCAUUCCAAAAACAACAAUUCAAUCUAUGGUAACACAAGAUUUAGUAACUGGCGACGAGACGUGGGUUUACUAUUAUGACUCAGAGACCAAACAACAAUCCAUACAGUGGAUGCACAGAGGGUCACCACCCACGGUGAAGACAAAAGUCCAAAAAUCAGCGGAAAAGUGGAUGCUGACCGUUUUCUGGGACUCUAAAGGACCUCUACUUGUACAGUAUAUGGAUCCAAAUACUACAAUAGACGGUGCAGCUUAUGCAAAAACUUUGGAGGAGCUACGUGUAGCGGUUGCAGAGAAACGUGGAGUCAAAAAAGGAGUUGGGUGUAUCUUUUACACGACAUCGCGCCACCUCACACGACACAGCACUUGUUGA